GAUUCGCCCGUUCCUCUCGCAGAGCCUGGCGUGGACGCCGCCGCCCGGCUGAGACCCGAGGGACCGUGAGAAGCCGCGGGCGUCGGCGGGAGUCCACGCGGUGUGAGAUGGAGACUGUGAGAGGGGCCGCGCGAGCCGGCGCCGAGUAGCCGGCGGGUCCCGGGGCUGGAACUUGCCCCGACGCUGGGCCGGGCGCGUGGACAGGGGGCCGCUGGGCUGCCAUGGAGGUGCCCAAUGUCAAGGACUUCCAGUGGAAGCGCCUGGCGCCACUGCCUAGCCGCCGGGUCUACAGCUCGCUGCUGGAGACAGGGGGACAGGUCUAUGCCAUUGGGGGAUGUGACGACAAUGGCGUCCCCAUGGACUGCUUUGAGGUCUACUCUCCCGAGGCCGACCAGUGGACCUCCCUUCCCUCCUUGCCCACAGCGCGGGCUGGGGUAGCGGUCAUCGCCCUGGGGAAGCGGAUCAUGGUGAUCGGGGGUGUAGGCACCAAUCAACUGCCCCUGAAGAUUGUGGAGAUGUACAAUAUCGAUGAGGGCAAGUGGAAGAAGCGGAGUGUGCUGCGCGAGGCCGCCAUGGGCAUUUCUGUCACAGCCAAAGAUUAUCGAGUGUAUGCGGCAGGUGGGAUGGGCCUGGACCUUCGUCCACACAACUACUUACAACACUAUGACAUGCUCAAAGACAUGUGGGUGUCACUAGCACCCAUGCCCACCCCAAGAUAUGCUGCCACCUCCUUUCUCCGGGGCUCCAAGAUCUAUGUGCUGGGGGGACGACAGUCCAAGUAUGCAGUCAAUGCCUUUGAGGUCUUUGACAUUGAGACUCGGUCCUGGACCAAGUUCCCCAACAUUCCCUGUAAGCGGGCCUUCUCCAGCUUUGUGACCCUGGACAACCACUUGUACAGCCUGGGAGGCCUGCGGCAGGGUCGUCUGUACCGGCAACCCAAGUUCCUGCGGACAAUGGACGUGUUUGACAUGGAACAAGGGGGAUGGCUGAAGAUGGAACGCUCAUUCUUCCUCAAGAAGCGGCGGGCAGAUUUUGUGGCCGGGGGUCUCAGUGGACGGGUCAUAGUGGCUGGGGGACUUGGAAACCAACCCACUGUUCUGGAAACAGCAGAAGCAUUCCACCCAGGAAAGAACAAAUGGGAGGUCCUCCCUGCCAUGCCGACACCCCGCUGUGCCUGUUCCAGCAUUGUCAUCAAAAACUGCCUCCUGGCUGUGGGGGGCGUCAGCCAGGGUUUGAGUGACGCAGUAGAGGCACUGUGUGUCACUGACUCCUAGCUGGCCUGAGCUGUGCCUUUGCUUGGACUGUAUCACUCUACUCCUGACUUGAGGAUGGUCUCAUCAAAGCAGUUUGGGCCACUUCCUGGGACACCAGCUCUUGUUAGCAACCAGUGGGGUCAAGCCCUGCCUGGGGCUCUCAGUGACCUCCCUCCACCCGCCAAACCUACCAAUCCCAGAAAGCUGAAGAAAAUGUGGAUGACUCCACCAGCCCCAGAUAGAGCUGGGUUGUUCAUUAGGGAGAAUCCUCGCUCAGUGUGCAGGCACAGAAAAGCACAGGAUGCUCCUUCCUCUCAUUCAUCUCUGAGGGGUGAUGGGGCAGGUGCCACUCAGAGAAGGACUGCCAUUGUCCUUCCCCAGUUCUCACCUAGUUUGAGUGUCUGGAGAUAAACUAAUGAAGAAUGGGCCAUCUCAAGCCCUUUCCUUUGGUUAACACCUGUUCCCCGUUUGGUGGUCAGCAGUGUGCCUGCCCCAGCCUUCACUUACUCAUCAGGAGUUAGACUUGAAGCUAGAGCAGCUGCAUAGAGGGAAGUUGGUGGUUCAUACUCAAGACCAGGCCAACAGCCUUGGCAGGAAGGAUUCCCUCCUGGGGUCCUUGCUGGACAUGUAUGAUGGAACAUCUGCUUCCUGCAUCUUCCCUCUGCAAUUUGCCUUCUGCCACCCUCUCCCUACCUAAGGCCUGGCCAUUCUGUGCCCAAUAGCUCCCAGAGUGUUUCUGGGUGAAACCUUCUCAUUUACACUGUGGCAUCCCAAUCCACAAAGGGUGGAUUCAUUGCACUCCGGUUAAUAACAGCAGCACAAUGACUGA